AGUGAGCAAGCAUAGUGAAGUGCAUAUUUGAAGCCUACCAGAUACAAUAGGCCUAUCUUGUGAUUUUGCUUGCUAAUAUACUUUGUGUUGUUAGAACCUUACUAUUUUUUGCUGACACAUCUUUAGAAUGAAGAACAUUUAAGAAUAUUUAGAAAAUCCAAUUUUACUCUUUAGAAAAUAAAUAUGCGAGUGUUUACAAUAUUGAGCUUGUGGUAAACUGCAGACAAAGGUUGUCUUUUAGAUUUGUUUGAUUUUAUUCAGGCUGGUUUCAUUUUCUGCUAUAGAUGUACUUACCUAGCAUGCUGGUUCUUGCAGUGAUUGUGCACUCUUUUAUGAUAUUCUUUUGUGAAUUUUAAUCCAUGAAACUUGAGAAUGACGUGUUCAGCUCAGGGCACAGAACACACUUAGUGACGCAGCAGAUGUUCGAGGCUUGAAACUUUGGGAAAGGUUAGUGCUAUAACUCAGAAUGUUGUGGGCGGACGUGUUUUUAUGUAAGCUUUAAUAAGUGAGAUUAAUUCACUUAUUUGCCAGGAGAUAUUUAAUUAGCGCAUUAGCAUGUGGCCACUAACGACACAGAGAGGGAGAACGAAGAUGAGAAGCUGAAAAUGGGGCCAUCAGUUUCAACAAUGCAUUGUCACAUUGCAGCCCAUUGUAUCUUAAAGUGUGAAGGCUUAUGAGGGAGUAAAAGUUGAAUUUAGAAAUGUUAAGAUAUCCCAACUAAUUACAACUAAAGGUAUUUAGUUCACUGUUUGGUUGGUUGUUGUUGGUUUGUUGCAUGUAAUGGCUUUUGUGAAACUCUUGUAAUCAUCUCCAAAGACUUUAGCUAGUUUGGUGUAUCCACAGAGUGUACAUAAUGCCCAAAUAGGAUUCUCACAAAGCACUCUCACACUGUAUUGAACAUCUAUGCAUACUGUAGUGUAUCUUUAUUUUAACGCUGUAUUGCCAAUUGAAUCAACACUUAAUAUGGUCACAAUGAAAUACCAGUAAUCGAUUUCUGAUCCAAAGUAACUCUGAUAUGGAUUCACAUAAAGCAUUUUACAAAAUAAAUACAUUACCGAAAUAGCACUAUGUCACAAAUUGCAUUUUUUGCAUUUAUUGUGUGUUUGUGCUCUUUGCUCUCUGGGACAUUUGUUGCUUGUUGUACCAUCCCAUGAAGCUUUUUGCAUGACGUCUUGUCUGGACCAGUCACUCGUUACGUAUCUAAUGGAGGGGGGUUGGGAGGAGUUGGUGGAAACUUGUUCCCAUGGUGACCACGAGUUACAUAAUAACAGAGGGUUCCUACUGUGGCUGACCCAUUACAGAAUGAGAGAUAAGGAGACCGAGGGAGAUGAUAGACAGACAUUAUUUCCAUACCAAUUUAGAAUAAUGAAAAUGCUGUGCAGGAUUCAAAUGCUGGUAAAAUGAUGGAGUUUGAAUGAGAGUAUGAGCAAUCAUAAAUUGCGAUCAAAAUACCUUAUUUUGGGGGCGUUCUUACAGAAUGAAUCACACUUGCUGUUUUAUAUUUCCAACCUAAUGCCUGCUACUGGCCUCAACCGUCUUUGUUUUCUUACAGCAAGUACCUGGUAAGUAGCUGGACCCUAUUUGGCCUCAGUCUCUCCUAUAAUCACAUGAUGGCUUUUAAAACUAAUAGUUUCUGAGUGGUCGGCAGGUCCUGAGGGAGACAUGUUCCCAUAAUAAUGUGACUGUGUGAAAUAAUGCAAUGCAGAUUUGCUGCUGACACAACUUUAUUUCUGACAUUAAAGCUUUGUCAGGGGUGUCUAAGAGAUUUUUUUUAAUCCCUUUUGUGCUUUUUAAAUGAAUGUAUAAUUGAAAUGUUGCAACAUCAUGACAAAAUCUCUACCUUUUAUUGAUCCAACUCAUUAUUGUAGGAUCUAGCCUAGUCAAUUUGUUACCAUCCCUCUGUUAUUUUCAACCAUCCAAAUAAUUGAUCCCAUAUAAGCUUGCAAUUAAAGCUGUUUAUCGUUAAAUGUUAGCUAUCUCAAUCAUCAUGAACUCAAUAUUUUAAGCUUUUUAACUACUAUAAUCAAAUUUCCUAUUCUUUUUGCGAGCUGAUUCGUCCAUUAUGAUUAGCUACCCUGUUUAACAGUUUAUAUUGUGAAAUGUAAGCUUCAACUUUAUACACCUUCAGCGUUUAACUUGCUUUUAACCUACAUCGAGUGCUAAUCAAUUAUUCAUGAUUACCUUUUUCAACAAAUUUAGCUAGCCAUUUUUGCAGUAGCCUCACAGGGACAGUUUCGACCAUUCCUCUGUUGCCUUUUUUUUGUACUGAGCUCAUUUAUUCCCUGCUAACAAUUGUAGUUAUUAUUCUACUCCUUUAAGUGUUGCAAACAUGUCUUGACAUUGAUAGACAGAACUUAUGGCAAUUUAUCCACUAUCUUAGCCGAUUAUUAGCCCCUCCCUCCCCUCCCCCUCAUGUUUCUUUAACCCUAGCAUCCCAGUUACUCCAUAACCCUAUUUAGCGAUUUAGAUUAUGUAUCCAUGGUUUCAAGUUUGCAAUAACAUGAAUCAUCUCUUGUUAGCAAAUCCUUUUAUCAAUUACUUUAAGUUUCUGUUCUAAAUGUUUGUUUUAUGUUGUCUAUUUCAACGCUUCAUUCGUUUAGCCAAUAACUUACAUAAAGUCAAGUAUAAGUGCUCAUCCUUCAACUUCUGGACUCUACUUCAAACAUAGAUCCCCUAAGUUAAGCUAUUGCAACCCUCAAUGUAUUUUAGUUUUCAUUUUCAUAAAUUAUCCAUACAUUUCAGCCAACUGUUUCUGCUCCCUUGCAAACAAGUUUCAGACACUUUUAAACACAAGCAUGUUCAGGUGUUAUAAUUUAAUACAAAAAUUAGCUGAAUGGUUACAUGUUUCUGCAAACCCUGGUAACGGCACAAGCAGCUCGAGGCUAUACAUAAAUACAUGUGGGUGGGAAUAGCUGAUAGAUCAUCCUGAGCAACUAUGAUAACAGAAGCAGAGAGAGAUAGGCAUAGGGCAAAGCGAGCAGUCGUGGCAGUGCUCUAUAUUUAGUAUACCCUCUGCUUGUGCAGUAAAUACCAAUGACAACAGACAACAUGCAGUCACUCUGUCAGUUCGGUCAGGCUGCAGCCCCCUCUGCCCAUCCGCCCACCCCACGACAAGCUACAGUGCUCAGGAGUGCCAAAACCACACAGGUCGUUCUGCCUAGUCUGACCCUCUUGACUCUUACCUUUCUGACUUCUUACACUGCGGGGAGAGGCAGAGCUUAAGACUCCCUCCUGAGGGACCUUCAGGACAGGUAAGCCAAUACAUGGGCUCUCCACAGGUGGGAUACUUGGGAUACAAUGGGACACUUGCACUUUAAACCAAGCAUGAUUCUCAGUAACACCAAAUGUUUGCUUUUUCUACAUUGUCCUGUAAAUCACCCAGAUUUAGUUUUUGUAAUAUUUUUCUUAAUUUCUUUGUUCAUGUUUUUGAUUAAUAUCCUGAUAUUUAACUUCUGUCCUAUUGCUUGACAUAUAUAAGAAAGGAAUAUCCUUGCUGCAGCAAGUAUGCACAAGCCGCAAAACAUGUCUGAUAUUACUCUGAAAUCGAAAUCCUGAAGUUGAUUUUUUUGUCGCUAAAUUUAAACUUUGCAAACUUGCAGCACCUCUUGUGCCAUGGAGCAAGUUUUAAUCCAAAUGGUGGCGUGAACAGGCUUCAUAACUUGCUGUGAAACACUUUUUUUGUUCCAUCUGGACACUUUGUGAAAAUAUUGGGAUAAAACCGUUGUAUUGUGCUCCAUUUCAAACUUUCCACUAUUUCAUGCUCUGUCUCACGUGUAUGCUCUGUCUGCACCAUGGUCCCUUUCUGUGUCCUUUCAGCCCACUUGUUUAAUUUCAAACAUAUUGAUUCCAAGAACCCUGACACAGCUGGUUGCCAUGUCUGAAGAGCAUGUGCUUGCCGUUUAACCGCCCAAGGUUAUUUAAAGGGAUGUGCUAACUUUGCCCUUUUCACUGGCUCAAUAAAUUCUGUCUGCUUCAGUGCGUCUUUGUGUGAGGUGUGUGUGGUCAAUGUUGGCCAAUCGAUGGUGAACAUGCUGCUGUGUUGUCUUGCUUUUGUGUCUUCUUGUAUGUUUUGAACAGGCUGUACUGAUGUGAGCUAUCUCCUGUGACUUCUUUCUUUGCUCAUGGCUCCCCAGGGGCAGCCAUGUCACAAUUCUCCACCAUGACGACCAGGGAGAGGCAAAUGCAGGCCGCAGCAAUCUGCAGGGAGGUUCAAGCCCUGGAAGAUGUAGAGAUGGAUCUUGGGAAGAAAGUGAACAUGCCUAAGGACAUCAUGCUGGAGGAGCUAUCCUUGGCCUCGAAUCGGGGCUCUCGUCUCUUCAAAAUGCGCCAGAGACGCUCAGAAAAGUACACAUUUGAGAGCAUCCAGAUUAAAAACAACAAGCCCCUCAAUGACACAAAUGUCUCUCAAAUUGAAAAUGGGAAUGCAGGAGACUGUCCCGUUGCUGAGAACAACUUGGAAGCAGAACGAACACCACCAGAUUCAAGAGUUGAGCCAAAUCCUGAAAGUAUCGCCCCUGGGUAUGGAAGUCCUUUGAAAGAAAUCCCUCCAGAGAAGUUUAACAGCACAGCUGUGCCAAAGUCCUACCACUCACCCUGGGAGCAGGCCAUCAUCAGCGACCCAGCCUUGGCUGACACUAUAGUCACCUGCAUGCCUGCGCCUGAGCCGCGACCAGACCUACCAGGGUACAAAAGUUUCAACAGGGUGGCAACUCCGUUUGGUGGCUUCAACAAAGGACCCAAACCUGCUUCCAUCAAGCCUUUAAAGUUGGAACCCCUUCCCGACCAGCCCGAGCUCCAGGCAGACACAGACGUCAAUCGGCCCUCCUUUAACAGAUCUGCUCUGGGGUGGGUGUCAGCGGGCGAUCCAGUCUCUCUCCCAACUGUUUCUGUUGAGCCUGUGCUCAUCCCUGAGUCAGAUGACCUAUAGACCUCUAACAAGGUCAUUGGAAGAUGAUGUCUACUAGUUUGACAACAGGGAGAUGAUGUCUACUAGUUUGUUAAGACAACAGAGGUUACACUGAGAGAGGUGGUUUCAGUCAGAGCAAAGCCAGGGGCACAGAAAGGGUCCCGUCUGGCCUUGCAGGUUCAAGUUAAAAUGUUUGCAGAUGAUUCUUUAGUUUUCAGGGAUGUUAAGUUUUGCACUGAAUGAUCACCCUGUACAGAAGGCAGUCACACCAAUGGAAGAAAUGGAAUUUGAUGUAUAUUAAUGUGCAUAAUAAUAUUUUAUCUCGCAGCACCAAUGUUUUUGCCAAAUAAAAUGGUGUGGAUUGCACAAUGUCCAAGUUA